AUGGAUCUGGCGCUUCUAGAGGUCCAUCCUCCUUCUUAUGGAGCGCUUCCCACGACGGAAAAGUCGUUAAGGCUGGAAUCUGGCUUUAUCGCUAGAUCUCUGGGUCCUUUGAUUGUCACGUUUGUGCUUCAGUUCUUGCUAGAAACAACCACCAUUUUCGUUUCUGGAAGGUUGGGACCGGACGAGUUGGCUAUAGUGUCGCUUGCGUUGUGUUCGCUUAAUAUCACGGCGUUGGCGUUUUACCAGGGCAUGAGUACUUCGUUGGAUACGUUCUGCUCACAGGCGUUUGGAGCAGGCAAACCACUAAUGGUGGGUGUAUACUUCCAGAGAUGCUCGUUGAUGAUGCUUUUGGUGACGGUGUUUCCGUUGAUGCCUGUUUUCUGGUACUCAGGUCUGAUUUUGAAGUUGCUUGUGCCGUCAGAAACUCUUGCAAUGGAGUGUCAGACGUUCUUGAGGAUCAUGAUGUUCGGUACGCCUGGUCUUUUGUUCUUUGAAACGGGGAAACGGUUCUUCCAGGCUCAGCACUUGUUUAAUGCGGGCACUUACGCUUUGGCUGUGGCUGUUCCUAUCCAUUUCGUGCUCAACUGGUUCCUUGUGUUGCACCCAAAUACUGGUUUAGGGCUUAUGGGAGCUCCUAUUGCAUUGUCAUUAUCGUUCUGGAUAUCCUCUCUCGCUAUGCUUGUUUAUGCUUUCUUUUCCAACGGCAAGCAGUGUUGGGGCGGUUUUGAUAUCCAGAAAGCUUCCACCAACUGGGGCCCUAUGCUUAAAUUGGCCUUGCCUGGUGUGGUUAUGGUCGAGGCAGAGUACUUGGCGUUUGAGGUGAUGACUAUCUUGGCAGCGUCUUUUGGUACUACAUCUUUGGCAGCACAAUCUAUAGGCUCCAAUGUGGGUGCUAUGGUGUUCCAGAUCCCCUUUGCGGUGUCGGUGGCUGUUACCACUCGUAUAGGGCACUUUAUUGGGAUCCCAGAUACCAAGGCUGCUGUUUACAUUACAAGGAUCUCCUUGGGUCUAGCAGCUUGUAUGGGAUUGUUCAACUUUAUUGUGCUUUUCAUGGGCAGAACAGCUCUCUCCAGGCUAUACUCAGACGAUGCAAAUGUCAUUACUGCCGCUAGCAAAGUCUUGAUGUUGGCAGCCACCAACCAGUUCUGCGAUUGCAUUAAUAUUGUAUCUGCUGGAAUCCUUAGAGCUCAAGGAAGACAAAAAGUCGGCUCUUACCUUAAUCUUGUAUCAUACUACAUAAUAGCCCUUCCUUUGGGUUAUGUUCUUGCAUUUGUUUUUGACUUAGAGGUCUACGGUCUCUGGAUGGGUCUUAUAUGUGGUGUUUUCGUACUUGCUUGUGGCGAAAUCUGGUGUAUACUUCGGAGCAACUGGGACCAGAUUGUUGUGACUUGCAAUAGCAACCACGACUCGUAG